AUGGCGCUCAACGCCCGACACGAAGGCCAUUCCAUGUCCGGCAUGAGUGGCAUGAGCGGCAUGGGUGGCAUGAACAUGCCCUCAUACACCGACAUCCAACACUACUUCUGGAUCUUCACUGGCUCGAUCAUCGCCUUCGCCAUGCUCAUCAACAUCCUGAAUUUCCUUCUCUUCCGACAACGACUGUCUUCGCUCAGCGCACGUCCCAUCUCCAUCCUAGCCACUUCAUACGCCGUCGUGACAGCCAUCACUCGGGAACUGUCUCAAGUCUCUCUUCCCGUUUACCACUUCAAGCAAUUCAAGCUUCGCACCCCGCCGCUGGGACCAACAUUCCUAGUUCUCGCUUGGCUUGCUGCCAUCCUGAGCUUUUCCUUCUAUGGCUACGAUACCUUCGAUCAACGGCAAUGGGAAGACAUUGCCUACCGUGUAGGCAGUUUGGCCGUCGCCGAACUACCUCUCAUCUUUCUCCUGGCCGGUAAGCAGAACCUCAUUGGCUAUGCCAUCGGCUCCUCCUACGAACGUCUCAACUGGUUGCAUCGCUGGGUAUCCCGAGUCUUCUGGGUCACUGUCACCAUCCACAUGUCCUUUUGGUUCCGCUCAUGGGCCCGGUACAACUAUAUUGUUCGCAAAUUACAGAUUGAUCGUCUGACCCAGACCGGUUUCGCAUGCUGGGUCAUCCUCACCGCGAUUCUCCUCACGUCAUUUCUCCCUGUUCGGAAACUAUCCCACGAGGUGUUCUACGCUCUCCAUGUUGUCUUGUUCGCUGGCCUCAUGGGCGCUAUCUACUUGCAUCUCGAGAAUAGUCGGGUAUACUUCUGGGUAUCUGUGGCCAUCUUCUUCAUCGAUCGCGUUCUGCGCCUCUGCGUAACCGCUUGGGCCAACAUCCCCUUACUCCAUGGCAGAUCUCAAGUCUGGGCCAACAAUGCCACACUUACUCCUCUGCCAGGCAACGUCACGCGCCUCACCAUUGAGAACCCUGUGAUUUCAUGGUCUCCUGGUCAGCACAUGUUCGUCUCUUGCCACUCGCUCGUUCCCCUGCAGGCCCAUCCCUUCACCGCCGCCUCUCUUCCCAGCGAUGGUAAGCUCGAGUUCCUUGUCCAGGCGCAGAAGGGCGGCACACGCCGUUUGCACCGCUGGGCUGCUAAGACGCACCUGCUGCCCAACGCACGGCCCGUCGCCGAUGUCCCACAACAGACCAAAUUCAUUGGCCUCGAGGGUCCUUACGGCGCCCAUCGCCCGUUGCACCAAUUCAGCAGCGUUUUGCUCUUCGCGGGCUCUACGGGCGCAACCUUCACGAUGCCCUUGAUGCGAGAUAUUGUGCGACGCUGGGUGCACAACGAAGCAACCGUGACAAGACACAUCAAAUUCGUGUGGGUUAUCAAGGCGCAAAACCGACUCUGCUGGUUCCAGGACGUGCUGGAACGGGCACUGCAGGACGUGGUUGAGCUGCGCGCCAACGACGGGCGCGAAGUCGAAUUGGAGGUCAGCGUCUACGUCACCUGCGACGAGGAAUUGGAGGCUAUGAGAUCCAGUGAGAGCGGCAUCAACGGCAACACUGCCCGCGUAUGCGCGCCGAGGGAGCACGGCGAAGCCGAGAUCGCUCCCUUCGCCACAGCCCCUGUCACAGAGGACACUGGCUUGCUGGGCCAAAAGGCGAACAAGCCAAGCCCAGCAGUGCAAGAAGUCACUGAUGACGAGAAGAAAGGCUGCGGCCCCGAUGGCGGAUGCUGCUGCAAACAAGCCGUCAGCGAAGACGGCAUUGAGUCCGCAGCAUGCACCUGCUGCAACCCUGUCGAUUCCUCGUCCUCGUCCUCGUCCUCCUCGCCGCCCUCCUACUCCGAAAAAGCCCAACAGCCUCCACACCCACACUCACACUCACCACCGAUGUCCAACGCGUCGCUCAUCAAACUCCACACCGGCCGCCCGCGCAUCCGCCCCCUCAUGCGCGCCCUACUCGAGGACGCAGAGGGUGAGAGCGCCGUACUGGCGUGCGGGCCGCAGGGCUUGCAGGACGAUGUGCGGCGCAGCGCGGUGGCGCUGAGUGAUGAGAGGGCUAUCCACAAGGGGACCGGGGCGCAGGGACUGUACUUGCAUUUGGAGGGGUUUGGGUAUUGA